ACUGGAAAACUCCAUGAUAUAGUAGUCUACAUCGAUCCAUCUUCUAUACCUUAUUCAUUAUUAGUUUUAUACCACCAAUUACAACAACAUUAUUCUAUACUAGCUUCCACUCAUCUUCAUUCUUCUGUAUCCUACGUACCAGAUAAUAUACAAAAUCUCUUUAACAAUGGCCUUGUACAGUCUCGUAAAGAUUACCAAAUAGCUCUCACUGUUAUCUGGAAAAAAGUGCUGUUUGGUCCAAGAUUAAUGGUGGAUCCAAGUAAACAAACAGCUAUUGAAGGUGAAGUGAAUGUAGCUAGAUAUCUACAGCGUUUGUUAGAUUCGAGUUUUGAUAGUGGAGAUGUUGUUCAAGCUACACAGAUAGAUGAAUGGUUGGAUACAGCUCAAAUACAAUAUAAUAAUGGCAGUAACAAGGAGAGGGCUGCAGUAAUGAGGUCAUUGAAUGCUAAGUUAGGGAAAAGUAGUUGGCUUGUUGGUGAUAGGUGUUCUCUAGCUGAUGUAGCUAUGUGGUCUGUUUUACAGCAAUCUGGACAAGUUGAUAAUGUUCCUGGUAAUGUGAAGAAAUGGUUAACUUCUUGUAAUGCCUCCAGUUUAUUUGCUUAUGCUUUGAAAUUUGUUCAAUAA